GCGCACACAAACGGAGAGGGCUUCUCUCUUUCGCUCUCUCUGUCUUUGCGGGAGGAGGGCAGGAAUAAAACAACAACCAAUACACACACACCGCCCGGCCUCUUCUCUCUCAAUCCACCCCCCCCAGCCGCCCAAACAGAAGCAAAAUGCCCGCUUUCAUCCUUUGGGGUCGGUCCUGUUAAGCUCUGCAAAAGGGGAGGGAGAGAGAGAGAGAGGGAGAGAGAUCCCCACUGCAUGCACUGUGCGUGUGAGAUACAGCAGCCCUACCUUUUCUAUGGGAAGUUUGGGGGGCUUGACAGAAGCAGCAACAGCAGGUAUUAGUGGGAGGAGAGCUGAAGUAAUGAGAAGUCAUCAUGGAGGCCCAGUCCCAUAGCUCUGCCACAACCGGGAAGAAAAAAGUUGAGAAUUCCAUAGUGAAAUGCUCCACUCGAACAGAUGUCAGUGAGAAAGCUGUUGCCUCCAGCACAACUUCCAAUGAGGAUGAAAGUCCUGGACAGACCUAUCACAGAGAGAGAAGAAACGCAAUCACAAUGCAGCCACAAGGUGGGCAAGGCCUCAGUAAAAUCAGUGAAGAGCCUUCAACAUCUAGUGAGGAAAGGGCCUCAUUAAUAAAGAAGGAGAUCCAUGGAUCUAUUUCGCACCUUUCUGAGCCUUCUGUACCUUAUCGUGGGACGGUUUUUGCAAUGGACCCCAGGAAUGGUUACAUGGAUCCUCAUUAUCAUCCGCCUCACCUUUUUCCAGCAUUCCACCCUCCUGUGCCAAUUGAUGCAAGACAUCACGAGGGACGUUACCAUUAUGAACCAUCUCCCAUUCCUCCACUGCAUGUGCCUUCUGCCUUAUCUAGUAGCCCAACAUAUUCAGACCUUCCGUUCAUUAGAAUUUCCCCACACAGAAAUCCGGCUGCAACAUCAGAAUCUCCCUUCAGCCCUCCUCACCCUUACAUUAACCCUUACAUGGACUACAUCCGAUCACUGCACAGUAGCCCAUCUCUGUCCAUGAUCUCGGCAGCCCGUGGACUCAGCCCUACUGACGCUCCACACGCUGGAGUCAGUCCAGCUGAAUAUUACCAUCAGAUGGCUCUGUUGGCAGGUCAGCGCAGCCCAUAUGCAGACAUUAUUCCUUCAGCUGCUACUGCAGGAGCUGGUGCCCUUCAUAUGGAAUACCUUCACGCCAUGGAUAGUGCCAGGUUUCCAAGUCCAAGGCUGUCAACUAGACCAAGCCGAAAGCGUACGUUGUCCAUAUCGCCCUUGUCUGAUCAUAGCUUUGACCUUCAGACCAUGAUACGGACAUCUCCAAACUCCUUGGUCACAAUUCUCAAUAAUUCUCGUAGCAGUUCUUCAGCUAGUGGUUCCUAUGGCCAUUUAUCUGCAAGUGCAAUAAGUCCUGCUCUGAGUUUCACUUACCCUCCCACACCGGUAUCCCUCCAGCAAAUGCAUCAGCAAAUUAUAAGUCGUCAGCAAACCCUAGGUUCGGCCUUUGGACACAGCCCUCCACUCAUCCAUCCUGCCCCAACUUUUCCUACCCAGAGACCUAUCCCAGGCAUCCCUAGUGUCCUGAACCCUGUCCAGGUCAGCUCUGGUCCUUCCGAGUCCACGCAGCAGAAUAAACCCACAAGUGAAUCUGCAGUGAGCAGCACCGGGGAUCCAAUGCACAACAAGCGUUCCAAGAUAAAACCAGAUGAGGACCUCCCUAGUCCAGGUGCAGGAAACAUGCAGGAACAGCCAGAAGGACUGACCCUUGUAAAGGAGGAAGGGGACAAAGAUGAAAGCAAGCAGGAGCCCGAAGUGGUCUAUGAGACGAACUGCCAUUGGGAAGGCUGUUCACGAGAGUUUGACACGCAGGAACAGCUAGUGCAUCAUAUAAACAAUGAUCAUAUACAUGGAGAGAAGAAGGAGUUUGUGUGCCGAUGGCUGGAUUGUUCCCGGGAGCAGAAGCCAUUCAAAGCCCAGUAUAUGUUGGUGGUACACAUGAGGAGACACACAGGGGAAAAACCACACAAAUGCACUUUUGAAGGUUGUACAAAGGCCUACUCCAGACUAGAAAACUUGAAAACCCACUUGAGAUCUCACACUGGAGAGAAACCAUAUGUGUGUGAGCAUGAGGGCUGCAACAAAGCAUUCUCUAAUGCCUCUGAUCGAGCCAAGCACCAAAACAGGACUCAUUCCAAUGAGAAACCAUAUGUUUGCAAGAUACCAGGCUGCACAAAGCGCUACACAGACCCCAGUUCUCUCCGGAAACACGUGAAGACUGUGCAUGGCCCUGAGGCACAUGUCACCAAGAAGCAGCGUGGAGAUAUCCAUCCAAGGCCUCCACCACCAAGAGACCCAGGCAGCCAUUCUCAGUCCAGAUCACCAGGCCAGCAGACUCAGGGUGCAAUUGGCGAACAAAAGGACCUCAGCAACACUACCUCAAAGCGGGAAGAAUGCCUCCAAGUGAAAGCUGUCAAGUCAGAAAAACCAAUGACAUCUCAGCCAAGCCCUGGUAGUCAGUCUACAUGCAGCAGCGAACAGUCCCCCAUCAGCAACUAUUCCAACCAUGGGAUCGAGCUUAAUCUGACCAGUGGAGGUAGUGUAGGAGACCUCAGUGUCAUUGAUGAAACCCCAAUCAUGGACUCUACCAUUUCCACAGCAACCACCGCACUUGGCCUACAGGCCAGGAGGAACAUGACAGGGACCAAAUGGAUGGAGCAAGUCAAAUUAGAAAGGUUGAAACAAGUUAAUGGAGUGCUUCCAAGACUGAAUCCCAUUCCACCUUCAAAAGCCCCAACCUUGCCACCUCUCAUAGGAAAUGGUAUCCAGUCAAGCAGCAGCUGCAGUUUAGGAGGAUCCAUGACUAUUCUACCCAACAGAAAUGAAAUUUCAAGUAUGGACAUCACAGUGUUAAACAUGCUGAAUAGGAGGGACAGCAGCACCAGCACAAUCAGUUCCGCGUACUUGAGUAGCCGUAGGUCCUCUGGAAUUUCACCUUGCUUUUCCAGUCGGAGAUCCAGCGAUGCUUCCCAAGCUGAGGGAAGGCCACAGAACAUGAGUGUUGCCGACUCCUAUGACCCCAUCUCGACUGACGCCUCCAGGCGAUCCAGUGAAGUGAGUCAGUGUGAUGGCCUGCCAAGCUUACUCAGCCUCACCCCAGCCCAGCAAUACAGGCUGAAAGCUAAAUAUGCAGCAGCUACUGGUGGACCCCCACCAACUCCACUGCCUAACAUGGAGAGGAUGAGCCUCAAAACAAGGAUGGCGCUGUUGGGUGAUUGCAGGGAGUCUGGAGUCUCUCCUCUGCCUCCAGUAAAUGCUCCUCGUAGAUGUAGUGAUGGCGGGGCAAAUAGUUAUAACAGGAGGCAUUUUCUGCCUCAUGAUAUGCUGGGAAGUGGGACAAGGAGAGCCAGUGAUCCAGUAAGAAUGGUCUCCGACAAUCUUUCUCUGCCUAGAGUCCAGCGAUUCAACAGUCUUAAUAGCUUUAACCCUCCUGUUUUGCCUCCAUCUAUGGAAAAGCGAAACUUUAUUCUUCAGAACUAUACCCGCUCUGAUGGCGGCCUGUUCCGUAACGCCUACUCCCCAUGUCCUCCGAGUAUCAGUGAGAAUGUCACCAUGGAGGCUGCUACCAUGGAAGCGGAUGGUGGUCUGAAUGAUGAGGAUCUCCUGCCAGACGAUGUGGUUCAGUAUUUGAAUUCCCAGAACCAGGGCAUGUAUGACCACUUGCCAAACGAUGUCCUGGACAAUAACAAAGUGCAUCAUGGGUCAACAGUAGGGAACAGCAACUUUCACCAGGUCCCUUCACCAAACAGUCAACAGACCAGCUCUGAAGCAAACAAAAGCGACCUGCCAAUCCAGUGGAAUGAAGUAAGCUCAGGAAGUUCUGACUUGUCUCCUUCAAAAAUGAAAUGUGGUCCACGCUCGGCAGUCCAACAAACUCGAGCUUUUGGACUAUAUAACAAUAUGAUGGUCCAGCAGCAGAACCUGGACAGAAAUGGUAUGGCCCAACAAAAUGGCUAUCAGCAUCUUGUGGAAAACAACAGCUCUUACAGUUUACAUCAGAACAUGAUUACCAGCAACAACACCACCAGUAACUCUUUCAACAUGCAGGCAAAUAAGGCACAGCCAUAUGGUGAAAGCAUCACCAGACAACCAAUGAUUUCUGGGGAAAUGGACAGUUCCUGUGGCUUAGUGAUUCAAGGGCAGAAGUUGAGGAACAACAACAUGCUAACAAACAAGAGUCAGCAAAAUUUUGGCCAUCCCAUGGUGCCAGGUGAGCAAUCUGUCAGUAUGGCUAAUGGGAUGCAGAGUAGAAAUACGAUAGAACAGGAAUACCUGCAAAAUCAGCCAAUAGGGGAAGGCAUUAAUUAUCAGGGAGUCAAUCAAACCAAUCAAAUGUUGUUAGGGCAGGUUAGUCCUACCUCACAAAUGAGCCUUUGUCAAGGGCCACAGAGUUGUCCACCAAUGUCUCACAACAUUGGAAACCAGCAAUCAGGUUUGGUGGUGACAAAGAGUUACCAGCCAUGUGCCAACUAUGGAGGCAACAGACGGCAAAACAUGCUGAGAAACAACCUGGCACAACAUCAAGGAUUUAUAAGUGAUGCAAACCAGACAUACAGGGUAAAUGGCAUUAAGAUGGAGAUGCAAGGUCAACCACAACAGUUCUGCUCUAAUAUGCAGAAUUACUCUGGUCAGUUAUAUGACCAAUCCAUGGGCUUUACUCAGCAAGCUAUGAAAACAGGUUCUUUCUCUAUUUCGGAAGCUAACUGCCUGCUGCAGGGGACUGGUAUUCCAAAUUCGUCUGAGCUUCUUUCCCCAGGGGCUAACCAGGUGACAAGCACAGUUGACAGCAUUGACAGCAACAGCCUAGAAGGUGUGCAGAUUGAUUUUGAUGCUAUCAUAGAUGAUGGGGACCAUGCCAGCUUAAUUUCAGGAGCCCUGAGUCCGAGUAUCAUUCAGAAUCUCUCACACAAUUCUUCACGCCUCACCACUCCCCGAGCGUCUCUUACAUUCCCAGCUAUGCCUGUGAGCACAACAAACAUGGCUAUUGGGGACAUGAGUUCUUUGUUGACCUCACUUGCAGAAGAAAGCAAGUUUCUUGCUGUUAUGCAAUAGACAUGGGGAAAAAAACUUAGGAGAUAACCGAUAAAAGGUGACUCAUUUUUUAGUUGUGUAUGUAUUUUAGCAAUCUCAUCUCACCUAAAUGGGAUGUGUUUCAAGUAUAUUCCUUUUAUGGAAUAAGGACUCUGAAAACCCUAAAGUGUUCUAGGGAGAAACUGUCUUCCAUUUCCGUUUUGAAUCAGUAUUGUUAGGCCCACUCCUCUCUCUUUUUUUUUAAAUGUGUGUAUACUUUUUUUUAUUGUAAACCAAUGUAAACGUGUGACAUGCAUGUUUUGUUUUGUUUUUUAAAGGAACAUCUAAUGACAUGACUUUGCAAUUUUCUUCUACUCAAAGGAAACACAGUCUUGUAUGAGUGUUGCCAAUGUUUUUAUUUAUGUAGGCACAAAACAACCAGGCAUGAUAUACAGAGGACAUACAGUGAGUAAAGAGAGCUUCUGUGAACACAUUGCUGUGAGGUGGACAGCCAGUCUACGAACAAAUCUACUCAUACUGCUCCUUGAUCAUGUACCCAUAAUUGUGUGGCAAAAGAUAUCUGGGGCUUGUGCAAAAAGAAAUGCAAAAGCAUCAAACUUUUUUGUCCCAAACAAGUCUGCGUGUAUGUACACACGCCCACAUACACAGACCUUGCACUUCAGCUGUUGAGCCGAAACUGUACUGUUUCUAUGUUAAACCUUUUGGAGGGUUUAAAAAUCCCUUUGUGAACACAAUUCACAUAUUUAGCAGAAUGUGGUCUACAUUUUUUUUCAGAGGUUAUUCGACGAGAGGAGAACGAAAAAAAAAUGGGUCUGGUGCUUUGGGUAUUUUUUAUUCUCUUCAUCAAAUACAGCAUUAAUUUUUGUAAGAAAAUGGUAUACAUGGUUAGCACCUCAUUCUGCACUAUUGAAACUAGUGGAAGUUUUGCCAUUUGCUUUAGUGAGUACAGAAACAGGCUCUAAGGUCCAGAUACUCAAAGGUAUUCGGGUGCCUAACUCCCAUUGAUUUUCAAUGAGAGUUAGGUGCCUAAAUGCCUUUGAGGCUCUGGGCCUAAGUCCAUAAGGUAGCCCAAUGUCAUUUUAAUUCAGUUGGAGGUUUUCAAAUCAGCUACUCUCUGUCCACAGAACAAUUGCUUUUUCAUAGAGUUAUUUAGUGUAAAUCUUCACUAUUCAUUUGCAGCAGAGUACGUAUUUGUAUUAAAGAUGUAAACUCCUAUUGACAUACUACACAGUAAGAACUUGAAAAGAAUAGUGAAUCUAUGAAAAAAGGAUCUUUACAGUUGCAUUGACCCAAUGGGCCUUAUUGGUUCUCGGCGAUGACACUGUGUUUAAUACAUUCCCAAGGCACUUUCUUUUUUUUCUUUUAACAUUUUAAAAUCUAAACUUCUAAUUUAAAGAAUAAGCAAAGAGAGUGUCAAUAGAGAAAUUAUAUCCUUGUAAGGAGUCUGGCCUAAAGCUAAAAAUGCAAGAGAAGUCCUUGGCACCAGCUUCCCUCUCAUUUUGAUUCCAUUCACUGGCUCAGGUUCUGCUUUGUCACCCUAGCACAAAUCCAAACUAACGCUGCUGAUUUCAGUGGAGUUAUGCCAGGUUUACACUGAGGUAACUGAGUACAGAAUUUGGCCCAUUGUGUUGCUGGGUAUCACAGCACAUUUUGUAAUUAAGGCCUAUUCCUGCUCCCCCCCCUAGCACAGGCAAAGCUCUCAUAGAUGCAGGAGUGAGUCCUGAACUCUUGAGGCUAAAAUUAACCCCUGUACAGAAGACCUACACAUCCCCUAUAUAAGUCUCGCUGAAGCCCUCUUUUGAACGCUUACAGGGAUCUUAAACGAGGCCUAACGUUUAUGCCUCUCCCACUGUACAUGAGUGAAUUUCACCCACAAGUAGUAGCUUUGUUGAGGAAGCAUUUAGUUAAAUUUUAGUGAGAACAGGAGCCCACUUUAAAGUCUAGCAUAACAUUAGGGUGUGAGUUCCACAUACUUAAAGCCUGUUUUAUUGUUACUCAGCUUCGUUCAAAGUAAAAUAAAACCCAGCUGACUUAGAUCUCUUGUGAAUAUGUGAGAACAGAAGCUCUGUCAGUCCAGUAUAAUGGGCCGCUCCACUAAGGUCCAUAAAAGUCCGAGGCGGAAUUUCUAAAUCAGUAUGCAACAUAACAGGGAGCCAGUGUUGGAAUAGUGUAUACGCUCAUUAUAAUGUGUGGUACUGUGUUCUAAGUAACUUACAUUUGAGAUGUUUUGCAAGGGAAAGCCAGAGAACAAGAAAUUUAAAUACUCCAGAAAGAAUAAGAAUGCAGUAGCCCUACAGCCUUCCUGGCUCAGAUCCUACCUUCCUUGUCUUUCCGCACAGCUGUAACAAGCAUUACAGAGCCGCACUGAGCAUAAGCAGACUGAGAAAUUUCUUAGGGCCAUGAGCAGUUCAUGAGGAGAGACCCUAUAUUCAUUUUUUAUCAUAAGAACAUGCCUGUUUUACUGUUGUGGGGAGGGACCCAAAAAUAUUCCUGCUUGAGGGCUAAAACUGGCUCUGCCUUCCAUGGUCCUGUUCAUUGGCUCUUCCUUCCUCUGCCAUCUCCCUCUCUCUCUGUUCCAUGCUGGUUUCCUUUCAAACCAUAUUUCCUGCAAACCCUAUGCAAACCAUUGCCCCUGUUGCUUCCCUGUCAUUGGUGGGAAUCAGUAACAAGGGACUCAGGUUGCACUGGAAUUUCAGGCACUAUGGCUAGGGAAGAGAGUCAACAGGUCAAAUCGCACAGUGUGAGUCAAGACUUGCAUCUCCAUGGCUGGAGACCAUCCCUCAUUCUCAGAAGAGUGGCCCUGGAGAGCCCUUAGAAAACAGUCUGUUUCCUAGUAUUAAGCAGCUAUAACCUGGACAGUUCUUUAAGGGGUAUCAACAAUCUUCUGUGACACUCAGCCACAACAGAAUUACACUGCGUACCAUUAAAUCACAAUAUUUACUGCUCUGAGUGUCAUCUUUUAGGGGCUUAGAAGGUAUCAUGGUACCCUAAUUAGAGCCUACCUAUCUCCUCGUGUGACACCCCCCACCCCCAGAGCAAGACCAAUCAGCUGAGAAACUAAAACAGUCCACUGGAUUAAAAAGAGGGUGUUGAUCACAAAGCAUUCUUGGUAAGGAGGUCCUCCAUGCUAGAACGCACUGUCCUCUGGCCCUUUGAUGGUCUUCAGGGCAGCCUGGGAGGCCUGUCUCCUUUCCCUGGGAAGUGAGGAGUAGCUGUUUAGUGCUGCUGGUCAUGCUUUAAAUUUACUGGGGAAGGGGUUUCACUUAGAAAGGGUUAGUAAAUCAUGAAUAGCUGUUAAAAACAUGUUACAGACAUGAAUGGUAUAUGUUAUGGAAGCUCAUAAGCAGAAGGUAUUGCAGCUGGUUACAAUAAUAAUGAUGCCCUGCUUGUAAAUAGUGCUUUUCACAGUAGGUCUCAAAGCAUUUUACAAAUGAUGUCAGUUUCAUUAUCCCCAUUUUACAGAGGGGGAAACUGAGACACAAGAUGCUGAAGUGACUUGGCCAAGGUCAUCCAGCAAGCCAGUGUCCAAGGCAGGAAACAGAACCAAUGUCUACCAAGUCCAGUGUCCUAUCUAGUAGGCCAUAUUGCCAUAGUCAUAAGCAACAAACAAGUGACUGAUUAUUAAAAUAUCUAUUAAUCAUUUAUAAACUAUGGAUGGAACCUUAAUAUAAAGUGUGACUAAUGUUGGAGUCAAUUGCUUGGGGAAAUCUCUCUUGGAGCCAGCCUGUAAAAAUUCUAGUUUAAUUCUUGCUUUUAACUUUUGGAUAUGAGAUAAUCCAUUAUUAAUUAGCACAUUUGACAACUAAGUAAAAAUGGAUUUCAUAGAUUUUUUUCCAGGAGACAGGCCAAUUAGAUAAGCUAGUCUGAUCUCCUGUAAAUCACAGGCUAUUAAUUUUCAUCCAGUUACCCUUGCUUGAGCCCAAUAACUGUGUUUGCGUUUGGCUAAAGCAUAGCUCUCAAAAAGCAUUGUUGAGUUGACAACAACAAGAGAUGGAGGAGCCACCAUUUCCCUUGGUAGUUUGUUCUACUGGUUAAGCACUCUCCUGCUAAAAAGUUAUGCCUAAUUGUCACCCUUUGGGUUUGUUAUGCCUUUCUCAGCUAGAAUAAAGAGCCCUCUGGUAUCCAGUAGUUUCUCCCCAUGCAGGUACUUACACACUGUAUGCAGGUCCUUACAUGUCUUCUUUUUGAUCAGCGGAAUGGAUUGAGCUCUUUAAAUCUCUCACUGUGAGGCAUUUUUUCCAGCCCUCAAAUAACUAUUGUGGCUCUUUUCUGCACUCUUGCCAAUUUUUCAACCUCCUUUUAAAACCAUGGGCACCAGAACUAUAUACAAUGUUUUAGUAUUGAUUGCAUUAAUGUCAAAUAAAGAGGGAAAAAAAGCAUACCUCCCCAUUCCUACUCCUUUGCUUAAACAGCCAAUAAUCAUAUUAGCCCUUUUUGCCACACCAGUUAGUAUUUCAAGGGAAGUUGGCAACCAGACUCUGUGCCCUCCCUCCCCAAUUACUGUAGAGUGGUAAAUGCGGUUUUUAAUGGCAGCCAUGGUCCUUAAGAAUAGCAAUGGAAGCACUGACAUGCUAAAAAUCCAUAUGUGUGUCUUCUCUCCAGCCUGACCUUUAAUAGAGCGUUUUGGUCCCUUCAGUUUCCACCCUUGCUUGUCCUUAAGAGCAUUGCUCUUGUUCAGAUUUCCUUUUGCCAAAAUGGAAGACCUGCUUGUGCCCUCCUGUGUGUUCAGUUGCAUUCAUCAGGUACAGUUGGAUGUAGGACAGGUACUUUUGGAGGCAGCAAAGAAGUCCAGAAUGGGUUUGAUAUCAAGCCCUGUGGACUUGGCUAUCCCAAUAGCAGUGUAGAAUUUUAAUCUCCUUCUAGGCAAACUCCUAAAAUGGUACUAGCAUUUAAGGUUGGCUUUAUUUCUUUCAUUUUUAAGAUGAAAUGAGCAGAAUAGUUAAUCUGCCCAUGUUACACUAUGGCUUAUCCUACUAAACAACAAUGUUUCAAUGUAUGUGCCUUAUUUUGUGUUGAUCCUGUAAAAGAGAGGGACCAAGAACUAUUGCCAAAUUUUAGCUAUAAGGUUGUGCGUACCAUUCAGCUAAUAGCACAUACCACUGUUAAUAGCAUCUGAAACGUCUUGUAAACCUCUUGUAUCCAUGUGUUUAUUGUUCUUGAAUUGAUAGACUGUUCUAUAUUAAAAAUUUAUCAUUGUCAAUCCUGCAGAUGUGUAAGAUAAAAGUGUUCAUUUUUCACUUUUUUUUUUUAGAUUUUUAUAAAACUUGUAAUCUUUUUUUUUUAAUGUGUAAAUACAUUUACCUACAGUAGGAAUAGUGUUCGGAUGUAAUAGGCCUUAGUGGUCUUCAUUUGAUAACCUACAGUUAUGAUCUGAUGUUUCCCGAGCCUUAGAUCGAUCUGGAGUCUGUAGCACUGUGUACAUAUAAACUGUACUUCUGCUUUCAGAACCACUUAGCUCUUUUGUUACAAAGAAAAAAUGUUUCUUACAAUGUCAAUAAAAACAAAACCUUUGUACUGAA